UCUUCACAGAGAAGGACAAGAAGAAGAAAGCCCUCGUUUCCACCUUCAGAAUUACACUCAUCAUCAUCUUCUUCAUCUUUCUGGCAAAACUGUCUUUUUUAAUUUUCUGAAUCACAUAUGGCUGCUUCUCCUCUCCCCCUUAUCAUAAUCUCUGCCUAGCGAAAAUUUGCCUAAAUAGAGUAAACAAAAUUAACAAAAAAAGGAGAUCAGAGAUGGGAAGAUCACCUUGCUGUGACAAAAACAAUGUGAAGAAAGGGCCAUGGUCUGCAGAAGAAGAUGCCAAGUUAAAGGCAUUCAUUGAGCAGCAUGGCACUGGUGGCAAUUGGAUUGCUUUGCCACAAAAAAUUGGGCUUAAGAGAUGCGGGAAGAGUUGUCGUCUUAGAUGGCUGAACUAUCUCCGUCCAAAUCUCAAGCAUGGAGGAUUCUCAGAAGAAGAAGAUACAAUAAUCUGCAGCCUCUACAUAAGCAUUGGGAGCAGGUGGUCUAUAAUUGCAGCACAGCUCCCUGGAAGAACUGAUAAUGACAUAAAGAAUUACUGGAACACUAAGCUCAAGAAAAAGCUCUUUGGCAAGCAGGUCAAUGACCAUGGCCACAGCCUUAUUAGGGCUAACCAAAGGUCAAACCUGCAGCCAGAAAUGGUCUCGUGUGGGCCCACGUCGUCCCCGAAUAAUAUAAAUAUUUAUCAAAAUCCUAGUUAUCCAGAGCUAGUAUCGGAACCCGUCCUAUACCCUAAAGAAGAGUCGGGUUUCAAGAACCCUGCUCAUCUGACAGAUACUUUACCCAUUGUCAACUCUAUUUUAUCAAGUGCUGGUGAAUACACUAUGGAGGAUUGUUUGAUUAAUCAAAUGGUGUACAACGUUAAUCCGCAAAACUUGGAGGGUGUUGAGUUCUUGUGUGACAACAUAUUCUAUAAUUGGAAAGAUGGGAGCAGUAGUAGCAGUGCAGGAGGCUUGGAUUGGAAUGAGAUUAAUGAGAUACAGUCUUUGGUGCCAUCCCCUCCUUCUCCUCUAGCUUCGAGUUACGAAGGUCUUGAACCAGCUGGAAACAGUGUGCAAUUGCCUGCAUUUGGGUAGAAUGUUGACAUGAUACUUCAAGACGUUGACUAGUUUAUAUCUUAUGGGUUUUG